UUAAUAAUCGUAACUUUAUACAUAAAUAUAGACAUUACAUUUAGGAAAAAAUAUUACUUCGCUUACUUCGCAAUAAUACUUACAACAAGUUACAGUACAUGUAGGUUAGAAGAAAGUAAUAAAUAAACAAUAGCCUCCAUUUGGCGCCGAAAUGUGCUUCAAUAUUUACCCGAGGAGCGAACAGUUUUCCAAGAGCGAUGCUCGCAGAACACUGCGAGCUUCGAGGGACAGAUAAUGCCCAAGGACAACUUUCCGAACACAUUUCAAAGUCAAAUGGUGCCUAUUGCUGUUAUAAUCUUUCGAAUAUUUUUCGAAACGCACGAAUCUUUUAAUUUGGUGUGUUUUUUAGCCUUAGAGUGGCCAUAUCCACCCCACUCACACCCAGCCCUUGACAAGAUUCCUGACCGUUCUUCGUGGAUCCCCUGAGGAAAAUCUGGGGAAGGGGGUGGUGUGGGGUGUUACGUGGGGAAAAGCGACGGAUGCUAAUGAAAUAUACCGCUGCAACUGACAGGAAAUGUUUGUAUUUAGCUGCAUGGAUGUAAUUUGCAUCUUGAAACAGGCGUUUGCUUAAUCAAUGGUUGCCUCCAAGAACGAUCUCACGAUUUCUACAACUCUGAACACUAAGGUUAAAAAAGUAUCAUUUGGUUUAAAAAAAAAAAAAAAAAUUACAACCAACCGAAGAAUUGCUGUUACGACAGAAACUACGUGACUACACACUGCUUGGCGUUGAAGGUGUUGACACGAUCUCUUUGCAUUUUCUACUACCGUCUCGACGAGAUAAAUGAUCUAAAAUUGUACCAGGUUUCCAAAUUAUCUACUACAUCCUGUAGGUAAAUUAACAAUAAUGGCAAAUUUAUAAAAUACACCCCGGAUAUCUUCAAUUUCGGAAGUAGAGAUCAAAAUUGAUGGUCUCUCUCCUGUGUCGUACGAUAUCAGCUUUUGAACAAUUCGAAAAACACCCUUUGUUUCACUAACAAGCCUUACCGUGUAAACGAACUUUAUUUUAAACUUUAUAAUCAAUUACUACACUUUGAUCAGUUAAUAACAAACUGCAGCUGCGCCAACAUUGGUGGAAAUGAUACAAUUAUGCGAUUUCUUUCAAUCUACCAAUCAAAAUUGAUUUUACUACAAGUGGCCAUUGGAUCUGUCAAGACUUUUCGUGGAAGUGUGAAUUAUACCAUAUGUGAUGUCUGAAUUUAGUUUGCUCUGCAAAUUAGCCAACUUUAACCUGUCAAUAGAUGUGUGCCUGUGAUUGGAAUUCUCUUAAAAGAGAUGAAGUCUCUGAUUUUAUUCAGUUCAACACCCAGUUUCAGUGAGAUAAACCACAAAUCUUCAAAUUAUCUCGGAAAACUGGCUACAACGAACAAAGCGAAGGGAACUCUCUAUUGCACAGUAAGUCACAGUUGCGAUUACAUUUGAUAGUUGCUCUCUCGCCCAUUAUACAACAAACCUUUUGUUUUGCGCGCAUAAGAGCUUCUAAGUACUUGCACACAGAACACAUUUUUAAUGAAAGCCGAACCGAAAUCAUAUUCACCGUAAAAUCGUAUAUUUUCUUGCAAAUAGACUGUAGGAGCUCCAGAUGAAAUUUUCAGAUCCAUCAUUCGGUAAAUGUAUUUUUCUUGGGUGUUUGGUCAGUUAAAACUUAUGUCUCCCACAAAAUUAUAAAGAGUUCACCUAGGGAUUUCUUGGUUUCAAUGGGCCCGCUGCUCCAUCUCACUGAAAGUUUUGAUUUGUGUUCAGUUAAAAUUUAUUUCGUCGAUUGUGGAUAAACUUUAGCAGACCAAGCAAUAUCCAAAUUCUGCACUCUAAGAUAUAUAUUUUUUAAUUUUUUGCACUGCAUGCAAUACUGAGUCCACGUUAGUGACAUAAAAACAUCGAAAUUAAUGUGCAGCCAAGUUUCGUUGCAAAGCUGAAAAGAAAUCGUAGAAACUAACACAGUCUUCCCUUGCCUAGGAAGACCAUUUGGUGGUAGGUGGUUUUUCCUGAAAAGUUUAUUCGAGCCGAAAACAUAAUAACGGAUUAAAGUUGUUGACGACUACACUCGCCCAAUGAUCAGUACACAAAACGGGUUCCUCCCUGUUUCGUCCACAGGCGAUUGGCCUUGGUGAAAGGCGCGAAAUAGGCAGCGCGAGGUCUGAUGUAUGAGAACAGGGAUGUAAACGACAUACUGAGAUUGAUUAUCUUGUGAUUUGAUUUGAGUUCGAGCUGUGAAAACCGCUGGUCUUGCAAUCCGGAGGUCCCGGGCUCAUAUUUUUCUUUCUCUUUGCACAUAGUCAAUUUGUCUGCUUCCAACCAGUUGUGAUUUUUAACAAGUUUCUGUUUAUUUGCAAAUGCUGGUUUAUUUAACGGACACAAUGUAAACUACUGGGACACCAGGAACAGUGUUUAUCCUAUUAUUUUUGUUUUCUAAAGAGCUUCAUAUCUUUUUCAAAAUUUUACCGAGCGGUCCGGCUUUUUGGGGUAUUGCAAGAAACUGUGUGAAUGUGAACGUCGCGUUUUGCUUGUAGGAAACUGAGAUUCAGACUGGGCGAUCUCUUGACAAGAGUGGUGGGAGGUUAAGAAUAUUUUAACGAAAGGAGAUUAUCUAUCUCCUUAUCUCCUUUUCUUGCUUGUCGUUUUGUGUCCAUACAGUCUGCCGUACGCCCCACCAGAUCUAUUUCCAGAGUUUCGCAUCCUGAAUUAUGACAAGUAGUUAAGCUGAAGGACAAAUUCUUCAAUCUCAUUUUUUCCAGUUGUCCCGGUAUCAACGUGAGCGAUCUUUAGUAAACAUUUUUUUUAUGAAUCCCAGUACACUGCGAACAGCACCGUCGGCGUAGGAGAAACUAACUGCUCACAGCUAGGUAUAAUCCCAGCGGAAAUAUCAACAAUUCUUUAGAGUCAGAAUUUAACGAAAAAAAAGAACAAACCCAUACAUGGCAGCCGUUCAAAGGUGUAGUUUAAUUUAAAUGCUAAUCAUGAACACCAAGUGACGGAUGAAUAUGUUUCCACCAAUACAAAAAAAACUCGCUUGUCUUGUUCACCUGAAGAAGAAGUGUUCAAAAUCUGCAAACAUUAUGAUGCGAAUGGUCGCUCGUUGUCAUUUUAAUAAGCUCCGAGACCUUUUUAGAUGCUGUCCACCGUACCGGCGCCUCAAUUACGCCGCCCAAAAAUGACUAUCAGUUGAAAGUUGGUUCUCGUUAAAAGUUGUCUUUGCACCCACUUAUUUAUAUUUUUCUUUUCAUUGCUUAUUGCUUUUUGCAAAAUUUAGUAUAGAAAUGGUGCUCAAAGUCCAAUUAAUUUGUUCAUUUGAGUUAGAGCCGCCCUGUAAAAGGGUAGUCAUAAGUGGUUGCUAACAAAACGUCGACUGACUAAACAAAAAGGCAUUAAUUCUUGGAAUAAAGGAAUCGUGAGAUUCGCCGCCUGUCUCUCGAUAUUUUUAACCGCGUCGUUUUCUUUUUACGUCACAGUGCAAUUAUCACAUGUUUGCGUGAUGGUACAGAGAAAUACCACUUUCCUGAUGGUCAGAUAAUAUACCGAACAUGCUAUAAAAAGCAUACUGGGACUAAAGCGACAAUUAAAUAUGCAAACGUCACGUGCUGCCAAUCAAAAUUUAACUGUCGACCAGACGGCUUUCACUGAAAUUUUAAAAUAUGCAAAACGGAACAGACUGAAUCCAGCUUGAAACGUCUCUUGGAAAGCCAUCAACUAUUCGCACGUUUGUGAUUGAAAGAAAUGGUGUUGGUGCUGAUAGUAACGACUCCACUCGUGCCGAGGACAUUAAAACAAGGAGCUUUCUUUGAGGUUUUUGUGAUUAUCGAAAAAUUCAAGGACUGGGAUCAAGCACUGAAACAUACAAAUGAAUAUAUCGAGCACAAACGAUUCCUCGAAUGCCGCUUCUCAGCUGGACCCUUUGGCCCCACCGUCGACCACACACCAGAUCGUUGUCCUCCUGGUGUACAGCUUGAUGUUCCUCCUGUCUCUCAACGGAAACGUCAUGACGGUCUUCAUCGUGUUGACAAAGCCGUACAUGAGAUCCGUCACCAAUUGUCUCAUUGCUAACAUGGCCAUAGCCGAUCUCCUGAUGACGUUCAGCGCCAUGCCCUACUCGGCUGCGUAUAUGUACGUAAAUAGUCGCUGGUUCGGUGGGAUCAUGGGAAUGAUCACGUGCAAGAUACUUCAUUUCUCAGUUGCACUGUCCAUCGCGGCCUCCGUUCUCACAUUAGUUGUCAUCGCCUUGGACCGCUUCUUCGCCGUGGUGUACCCUUUUAAACGCGCCAGCGUUAUUCGCAAGAUUUGGGUGGUGAGCACCGUUAUUUGGGUCCUCUCUGGCCUAUCGAUGUCACCUUACCUGUACUACUACAAGUCGUUAAUCUUACAGGAUGGUUAUCACCAUUGCUAUGCGAGCUGGGAGCCUCUGGCUAGGUCUUGGGAAGCUUCGCGCAUUUAUUUCGCUUUUAUUUUUAUCGCUCUCUACUUGGUCCCCUUGUUCAUCAUUGCUAUCUUCUACAGUAUUGUUUCAUUUAAGCUCUGGAUUCGAAGGAUUCCUGGAAAUCCGAGCGCCGCAAAUCUCCGACAUGCAGAAAUGAGCAAGAAGAGAACAAUCAAAAUGCUCAUCAUCAUCGUUAUUGUUUUCUCUCUGUGUUGGCUGCCAGCCCAUUUGAUGCACUUCUUCAUCUAUUUCGAUGGAGAGACGUACUAUAAAAUUCCCUCUUUGUGGCAAUUGAUCGCAUUUGGCGUCUCACAGGGGAAUUCAUCCAUCAAUCCCUACCUGUACAUAGCACUUAACAGAAACUUCCGCCGCGCUUAUGUGGACGUCCUAAGGAGCUGCUUUAGCCCUGCUAAGAAUUUGGUGCGAUCCCGAGGAAGCAAUACGACAUCGAACACGACUUUAACUCAGGGUAUGUCCAUGGAGUACGUUCAAGUUGCAGGCCUAGGUAGAAGAGGAGUGUAUGAGCUAUCUGAGACCAAGAAAGACACGGAUUCCUUGCCACAGUCUGUCAGGCAGAUAAGUCUCAUGAAAAAGACAGACAAUGACUCUCAAUCAGAGGGACACAAAUUGUAAUAGAAAAUCAAUCCUCCAUACCAAAAGGAUAACGAAGCAACGAAGGAUAAGUGUAAGAGGACGAAACAGACAAACGGGCAAUGUCCUGGUGAAAAU